GCCGCCCGCCCGCGCAGACCCCGAGCGCGGCCGCGGACGAAGAUGGCGACCGCCAUGUACUUGGAGCACUACCUGGACAGCAUCGAGAACCUCCCCUGUGAGCUGCAGAGGAACUUCCAGCUGAUGCGGGAGCUGGACCAGAGGACGGAAGAUAAGAAGGCAGAGAUUGACAUCCUGGCUGCAGAGUACAUCUCCACAGUGAAGACGCUGUCUGCCGACCAGCGUGUCGCGCACCUGCAGAAGAUCCAGAGUGCCUACAGCAAGUGCAAGGAGUACAGCGACGACAAGGUGCAGCUGGCCAUGCAGACCUACGAGAUGGUGGACAAGCACAUCCGACGGCUGGACGCGGACCUGGCACGCUUUGAAGCGGACCUGAAGGACAAGAUGGAGGGCAGCGACUUCGAGAGCUCUGCGGGACGGGGGUUAAAAAAAGGUCGGGGUCAGAAAGAAAAGAGAGGCUCCCGGGGCCGUGGCAGGAGGACCUCGGAAGAAGACACUCCCAAGAAGAAGAAGCACAAAGGAGGAUCCGAGUUUGCUGACACCAUCCUGUCUGUGCACCCCUCCGACGUGCUGGACAUGCCUGUGGACCCGAACGAGCCCACGUACUGCUUGUGCCAUCAGGUGUCCUACGGGGAGAUGAUUGGCUGCGACAACCCGGAUUGUCCGAUUGAGUGGUUCCACUUUGCCUGCGUGGAUCUCACCACGAAGCCCAAGGGCAAAUGGUUUUGUCCACGGUGCGUUCAGGAAAAGAGGAAGAAGAAGUGAGGGAGAGGCUGUGGUCUGGCAAUGGAUGGAAGAGAAACUGAUAUAUCCUUCACUCAUGUUGCAAUAUUUUCUUUCAUUUUAAAGCUACCUUGUUCCCACUGAUACUUUAGUAGCUCAGCUGGCCAGUUGUGGUUCUGGAUCCUUCCAAAUGCAAACAAGAAAGCGCCACCUAUAUAUACAGAGGAGCCGUCUUACAGGGCUGCCGUGCGACUGGAAUCUCUUGACUUUUUAUACAGACUUGCCCAGCACUGAGCACGGUGGUCUCUGAAUGGGACCUGAGGGGACUCGGGUGUGUGAGAGCCAGGGCUGCCAGGCAGGGUGUGUGGUGCAGGUGG